CGCGCGGCGGCCUUAGGACCGGCGGCGGCUCUCGGCCCACAGAGCGGCGGUCGGUGGCGGCCUGGCAGAGAUGACUGCGGUGACGAGCGCGGAGCGACCCCGCGAUGGCAGCUGCCACUUCGAGCGCUCCCGACUUAUCUGGAUGAUUGCCAUCACCUUCGGCAUGAUCCUUCUCGGCUGGGUAACACUUUGGCCUUCAACUAUACCUUAUAGUUAUUUGGGAAUAUUUGGUACCUUUCUUAAUUAUUUAGUGGAAAACCACCACAAAUGGGUAUGCUAUGGGUUCUGGGUGUCCUGGUUGAUUCACGUAGUAGAAGCCUUCUACGGUGUUAAGUUAUGCCAAUCUAAAGGAAUCACAGACCCGGCAAUUCAGUUUCAAUGGUUCAUUCAGACACUUCUAUUUGGGUAUGCUUCCUUUGGUCUGCUGGUGUGUUACAAACCUUCAGCCAAGAAGCAGUACUAGAAGACAGUGAAGGAAGUCACUUCUCACAUUCUUUAUCCUCAUUUUUUCAGAAAAUAUCCUCACUUACAUGUCUGGGUGCUGUAAUUAGCCAAAUUACAUUCCUGCUACAUGAUGCAGUGCCCUUCUAGGCAGGUAACUCUCCUCUUACUAAAUGAGGCAAUUAUAAUUCACAGGGCCCUGUGGAUAGUUCAGCAGAAAUUCAACCCUGAGUUUAAUCCCAUUUAUUUUCCAAGAAGCCAAAAGUUGCCCCUCUGCAGUUUUUGACAUAGCUUAUAUACCCUAAUUGUCCUUGACAAGUCCCUGACAUCUGGUAGUAGUGGCUGGUAAGUUACCUUUUUGUGUGGGAGAAUAUUCUUCUACAACAAGGAGUUAUUUACAGCCACACGGUAACUUGCACCUGCUUUGUGAUAGGAUUUAAAUUUAGCUGUAUUUUCUCUACAGGAAGUUUUAGUGUAUUUUGUUGUUCUUAGAGCCUGGUCUUUGUACUUUGUUUUGUCAACUUUUUGCUGAAGAGGCAGACCACAGUAUUGCUGCAGGCACAUUAAAAAGACCAGCUCUCAGUUCAGGUUGAAGUGCAGUGAUAAGCUUGGAUACACAAAGCACUUUAACCUGGUUCAAUAUGUGUGCCUUAAAUUUGAUGCAGCAUGACCUCAUCUUUUGAAUGAAAAUUUCAGUCUUUGAGUUAGUAUAACAUGAAGUAGCAAUUCUGUAGCUUUGAGGGCAGCUUUUUAAAAAAAAAAUUUAUUAUCCAAGAAGAAAAAUAAAAAUCAAUUAGCAUUCCAAAACCUAGUUGAAAAUUUUAGACUCACGAAUAACAUCAAGUGUAGGGACUAAACAUACACCACUGUUUCCCAGAUGCUGACACCCUGAAUUCUGUGGUUGAGAGACCAUCUUAAGCACCCUUCAGAGUACUUCUUUGUGUAGUGAGGCUUUUAUCAUCCUGUCUUUCACUUUUGAAUCUUUGAAGAAGAAUUUAGCCAGUCUUUUUGUAGCACUUUUAAAAGUCGUAACUAUUUAAAAUACUAACUGUGGUGCGGGGGGAAGUUUUACAAUGACACCUGUGGUGCUGCUGCUCUGAAAUGAAGGACAAGAAAAGGUGGUUCUUCCUCUGACAAAGAGCUUCAGGAGACCAUAACAAACUUACGCCUUGUGCAAUAUCUACAGACUGUAACACUUCUGAUGGAGAUGUCUUACUCAAGCACAGGUGCAUGAAGUUUUUGCUCUUCAGUGGGUACUAAAAGCAUGGAGAGCUGAAUAGUUUGGAAUGCUUUGGUUAUUUUUUAAAUGUCUAACUGGUAACAUUUUGUGGAGAGGUAGAAACUCAUGUUUAGUAGGUAAAAAUCAAACAGGAAUGUAAAAAUCCCAAGCUCUGUUUCACUGUAACCUUUUAAUCUUAGUCUGUGAUCCUGGAAUAAAGAUUUUUAAAAAGUGAAGAAGU